AUGGCAAGAGCGUCCAUCGAGGCGUCCGAGGAUGACGACAGCCUACGCGUCAUCGACCGCGCCCUCAUCGAGGAGACGCAGGAGUCGUACCUGGCGUACGCCAUGUCCACCCUGGUGGGACGCGCGCUCCCGGACGUGCGCGACGGCCUCAAGCCGGUCCACCGUCGCAUUCUGUGGGCCAUGCACGACCUGGGGUUGGUGCCCAACAAACCCCACAGGAAGAGCGCGCGCGUGGUCGGAGAGGUGCUCGGAAAGUACCACCCGCACGGCGACUCCGCCGUGUACGACGCGCUCGUGCGGCUCGCCCAGGACUUCAACAUGAGUAUUCCGCUCAUUCAGGGCCACGGCAACUUCGGAUCGAUCGACGACGACCCCGCCGCCGCCAUGCGCUACACCGAGUGCCGCCUCGCCGCAGCGACGCCCGACAUGCUCCUGGACGGCCUCUCGGAGGACGUCGUCGACUUCCUGCCGACGUUCGACGGGUCGCAGCUCGAGCCCACGGCGAUGCCGGCGAAGGUGCCGCACGUGCUCGUCAACGGCUCGUACGGCGUGGCCGUGGGCCUGUCGACCUCGAUUCCGACCCACAACAUGCGGGAGGUGGUUGCCGCGCUCAAGGCGUUCAUCGCGGACCCGGAGAUCAGCGUGGAGGGCCUGAUGGCGCACAUGCCGGCGCCGGACUUCCCGACGGGCGGCGAGCUCGUGGACACGCGCGGCCUGCGGCAGGCCUACGCGGUGGGGCGCGGGUCGGCGACGGUGCGCGGGCGGAUUGGGUUCGAGGCCGGGAAGCGCGGGCAGCGCGACGCGCUGGUGAUCACGGAGAUCCCGUUCCAGACGAACAAGGCGCGCAUGGUCAAGGAGAUCGCCGCGCUGGUAGAAAAGCGCAAGGUGGAGGGGGUGUCUGACAUCCGCGACGAGUCGGACCGGUCGGGCAUCCGGGUGGUGGUGGAGCUCAAGCGCAGCGCGAACGCCGACCUCGUCCGGAACGUCAUUCUCAAGGGCACGUCUCUCCAGCGGAACGUCAACCUCAACCUCACCUGCGUGGUUGACGGCACACCGCGACAAAUCGGCCUGCAAGGCAUCCUGGGGGCGUUCCUCGAAUUUCGGCGCGACGUCGUGCGGCGCCGGACGGCGCACGCGCUGAAGAAGGCCGAGCACCGCCUGCUGCUCGUCGAGGGCUUCCUCGCCGCGGCGCACCGGGUGCAGGACGUCGUGCGGGCCAUCACGGCGGCGGACGACUCGGCGGGGGCUCUGGCGGCGCUGGAGACGCUGCUGGGGGUCACGCGCGAGCAGGCGGACGCUGUGCUGGGGAUGCCGCUGCGGAGGCUGACGCGGCUGGAGGGGACGCGGCUGGCGGACGAGGCGGCGGAGCUGAAGACGAAGAUUCGUGGGUUGCAGAAUAUUCUUUCGGACGCGGAUAAGGUGGAUCAUAUCAUCGUGGAGGAGGCGGAGGAGGUGGCGCGGAAGUACGGGUGCGACCGGCGGACGGCCGUGCUGCACGGCGAGGACGGGACGAUCGAGAACGAGGACGUCAUCCCCAACAAGGAAAGCAUAGUUGUCGUCACGGAGAAGGGCUAUAUCAAGCGGAUGAGCAGCAACACGAUCAAGAGCCAGGCGCGCCGGACGCGCGGCAAGGCCGGCGCGCGGCUGCGCGGCGAGGACCUCGUGUACCACGUGCAGCAGAUCAUGGAUCACGACACUCUGCUCUUCUUCACAGAAGCAGGACAGGCCUUCUCCCUCCGCGGCUUCCAGAUCCCCGAGACCUCCCGAACCACGAUCGGCACGCCGCUGGUGGACCUGAUCCCGCGGAAGGGCACGGAGGGGAUCGCGGGCGUGAUCGCGGUGCGCGACUUCCCGGAGGACGUCUUCCUGGUGAUGUUGACGCGCGAGGGGCAGAUCAAGCGCACGUCGCUGUCGGCGUUCUCGUCCGUCUCGCGCGCCGGCAUGGGAGCGAUGCGGCUCCGCGAGGGCGACCAGGUCAUUCAGGUCGCCGCGUGCCGCGAGGGCGACUCUAUCAUGAUGACCACCAGCGAGGGCUACGCGCUCAACAUGCCGGUCAACGACGCGCAGCUGCGCAGCAUGGGCCGCCUCGCGCAGGGCAACCGCGCGAUGAAGCUCCGGGCGGGCGCCUCGAUGGUCGCGAUGGCCAUCCUGCCGCAGGGCGAGAGUCUAUAUUUGUCCGAAGACGAAGACGACGAGGAUGUGGACAUCGACGACGAGGGCGACGACGGCGACGGCGACGGGGCGCAGCACGCGGGGCCGUGGGUCGUGCUCGUGACGUCGGACGCGUACGGGAAGCGCGUCCCCGUGGAGCUCUUCCGGCUGCAACGGCGCGGCGGGCGAGGGGUGCGGUGCCUGCCCUCGCAGGGCAAGAAGCGGACGCUGAAGGCGAUGCUGGUCGCGGACGACGCGAAGAAGACGGUGCUGCUGACGUCGAGCAAGGGCGUGAUGAACCGGAUCGCGCUGGGGUCGGUGCGCGUGACGGGGCGCACUGCGGUUGGGGUGCAUCUGAUGCGGCUGGGGGAGGGGGACUCGAUCGCGUCGGUGGCAGCGGGCGGCGAGGACGACGACUCCGAGAGCGAGGAGGAGCCGUAG